CCUCCCCCCCCCCCCUCUCUCUCCCUUUCGACCCAAGCGCUCACCCCUCCCUGGCGAUGCUCACGCACUUGCGGUUGCGCGCCGGCUGCGUUGGCCGGCUUCCGGCCACCUCACCGGCCUUUGUGCGGCUCUUCGCCUCUGCCCCGGCUGGGACCCCCGUUCCUGGCGCCACGCCGGGCCCCAAGUCCCCGGAUCAGGUCUCCGCCGCCGGCACUGCUGACUCGGCUCCCGCUGUAACCGCUGCUGCUGUGGACGAGACCACCGCCUCCAGCGCCUCCAGCGCCAUCGCGGGCACCUCCACCAAGGGUUCCGAUACGGCCGCCGACCGGCCGCAGGAGAUCCUCCCCCACCUGCACGAGGACCUGACCCCCGAGCAGCGCCAGGCGCUGGUGGACCAGGCCAUCGGGCAGCUGGGCCCCACUCAGCGGCGGUGGUUCGACCGGCUGUCGUACUUUGUCAAGUUGUGGAUCCCCUCCAAGCCCACCCCGCCGCCGGUCAGCACGGAACCCAUUCCGGAGUUCCCGUUGACGGCGGCCGCACGCGAGCGCCGGCGCCAAGCCAUUGCAGCCGGCGAGGAGGCUCCCCAAUCCAAUGUGGCUGCUGUGACCCAGUGGCUGAAGGAAAACAACACCAAGAUCAUGCCGCGUGCCGUGGAAGGCAACCGCAUGCGCAUGUACGAGCUUCGUCGGCAGAACAAGAACAUGAUGCGCGUCAUCACUGGCGGCGCCAAGGAUUCGGCCCUGGCCACGGGCGAUGUCAUUCCCCUGGCCCAGGCCAUCACCCUGGCCGACCCGAUGGUCAUCCCCCUGCCGGUGCCACCGGGCACCCGUUCGCUGUCCGCUCGAGUGACCGAGGCACUGGCGGCCUUGCCGGAGGAUGCCACCCCCGAGGCCGUGGAUCAGGCGGCCGAGGCCGCGCGCAAGGCCGCUGGCGCCGAGGUGGCCCGCGCAUGGGACGGCAAGACCCCCGACGCCGUGCCCCUGUCGCAGCAUCUGCUGCGCAAGCACCGCUUCUCCGUGGUCAUGGUGUCUACCUGCAACAAUGCCCUGGAGCAUCUGGAGCUCUACUAUCGUGUUUUGAAGAUGAUGUUUGCCCCGCAGCUCGGGACGACCAUUGGCCUUGUGAAUAUCCAAUACCUCGAGCGCUCGGUCUACCGUAUGAUCCUUGGCUCGAUCAUGAAGAACUUGCUGAUGCAGCCCGGUGUCUUUGACGACCAUUCGGAUGUCGUUCUGCGUAUCGGCCCAAGCGCCGAGAUCCGCCGGCCGAAUGGCUUCGAAGACAUCUACUCUGGCCAUCUGGCCAUCGUCGACCAGCAGGGCCGCGUCCGUUGGAAGGCCUCCGGCUCGCCGGAGGAGUCCGAGCUGGAGGCCUUUGUCGAGGCCCUGGGCAAGCUGCUGGCCGAGCCGGUGACCGACGGGCCGGGCGCCGCGACACACACCGCCCCGACCGGGCACCAUCGCGGUGGCCAUGGCAAGCGUGGCAAGAAGUGAUCGGACGCCAGCCUCCGCUUAUGUAAGUCAUGGUCGCUCCUCCCCUGCCUGCCUUCUCCUCUCCCUUCCCCUCCUCCGCAGGGAGCGGGGGGGGCGCGGGAGGGGGCCCAACAAAAAAUCACAUAGAAUAGACCCGCACA